AUGAAAAUAAAAAUUAAAAAUUUCCUUUUUGUUUGCUUUUUGCUUUUUUUCUUAAUUCUUUCAUUUAGAUAUUCAUGUGAGAAAAAAAAGCUACAGACUGUUGAUUAUAAAAAAAAAUCGAUUACAGGAAGAAUUAAAAACAAGAUCCAGAAAUAUAAGGAAAAAAAAUUGAUAUUAAUAACAGAUAUAACAAAUAUAAAUGAAAGAUAUUCAUCGUUUUUACAUAUAUUAAAUACAGAAGGAAAUUAUAUAAGUAAAAUUAUAAAUAUAUUAUCACCUGAUGAUAUUCAUAAAAUUAAUUAUUGUUUAUAUGAUGGAUUAAUUAUAAUAUUAGAUAUAUUAAAUGAUAAAAUUGUUGAAAUAUUAAAAGCUAGCUAUUUGAAAUUAUUUAUAGACAAAAAAAAACAUAUUUUUUUUAGUUUAAAUAAUGUUAUUGGGAAAAAUGCUGUUCAUUAUUUAAAUGAAAUAAACAUUAGUGUACAUGGAAAUUCAUCAUAUGUUAAUGAUUAUUUUAAUAAUAUUGUUAUAAAAAAUGAUGAUAAAGAAAAAGAAAUUAAUAUAAAAAAAAGAAAUAAACAAAAAGAAUUUUUUACAAAUCAAAUUAUUUCCAAUACACCUAUAACAUCAAUUAAAAAUAAUAUACUUUUCAAAGGAACUGCUCAUUCAGUUUUAUUAAAAGAAAAAUAUUUCCUAGAAGUUCUAACAUGUACACGAACAUGUUUAUUAUACGAUAAAAAUGAUCAAGUCAUCAAAAGACAAAAACAAGGAACUGAUUUAUUAUUAAUAUCAGCUAUACAAUUAGAAAAUAAUUCCAGAAUAGUUUUUUCUUCUUCAACUGAAAUUUUUUCAGAUUAUUUUUUUAAUAUUCAUAAUGCAAAUAAACAAUUUACUUAUGAAUUAAUCAAAUGGAAUCUUAAAAAAAGUGGUAUCAUUAGAUAUAAUAAUUUUAAAUUCUAUAAAGAUAUAAACCAGGAUAAAUCAAACAAUACCUUUUUUAUAAAUGAUUUUGUUAAUAUGUCUAUAGACCUAUACCAUUUAAAAAAUAACUUCUGGAUACCUUAUAAAAAUAAUAAUAUACAAAUUCAAAUAAGCAAAAUACAUAUCAUCUCUAGAACAUUUCUAAAUACAUAUAAAUCUAUAAAUAAUCCAACUUAUUAUACAAACUUUCAACUUCCCAAAGAACAUGGUAUAUAUAAAUUGCAAAUAUAUUAUUUAAAUAAAGGAUAUAACAUUUUAAAUUUGGAAUACUCUAUACCUAUCAGAACAUUAUUACAUUAUGAUAAAAAUAAAAAAGUCAAAUUCAAAAAUUACCCAUUUUAUUUUUAUAUAUAUUUAUCUCUUAUUUAUUUCAUUCUAUUCAUAUUAAUCAUUCUCUUCGAUAAUAGUUACCUUGGGUCUAACAAGGAACAACAUCCAAAAGAAAAAUUACAAUGA